AUGGAUCUAUCCCAUCUCACACGGCCUGGCAUCUUGUGCCAGUGCUCUCGGUGCUCCAGCUCGCUGGCUGCACUGGAGAACGAAUGGGCAAAACUGUCUAAUGCCUACUCUAUCCCGACAGCAUGGCUUAGUGUUGACCUUCAUCGCAUCUCCGUUUCCUCGGAGCGCAAACAAAUCCCUCACACAUCUGACAUGACCCUUUUGCGUGGUCGUGUUAUUCAGGAGGUAUCCUGUAAACUCUGCCAGCAACGUAUGGGAGUACUAUGUCCACUCGAUAAUGGAAUGAACAUUCUAUGGAAAAUGUCGAAAGUUGCUUUUAGGGAGAUUGUUACCAUGCGAACCGUCCAGCCUGUGUUCAAACAGGGGGCCCUCGAACGCCUGAUUUGCCCCCCAAAAGAACCCCCACGUCGAAACCACGACCUCAUGCAGGGCAGCGCAUUGGUGCCAGCUGGCUGCUCCGACCCCACUAUUCUCGAUCCAUCCAUGCAAAAGCAAAUGCUACACCAGGGUAGAAGCAUUGACCAGAUUUCGAAUUCUGUGAACCAUCUACAAGACACAAUGUCGGAUCUCAAGCAUUCAUUCACUGCGCUUCGAAUCGAGUUGAACGGGCCAAACCGAAACACAGGGGAUGGGUCCGUGCUUCAAGGACAUGAUUUUGACAUGAUUGCUACCGUGCUAAAAGAGCUCAAGUCCAAGUCAGAUGAGAUCGAAAAACUGAAGCUGGAAAUCGAGGCCCUCAAAUUAAAGAAUCGAUACAUGGGAGUGACUCUGCCGCCACAGCAAGAUCCAUCGUCUGUUAUGAUCAUGAAUCCUGCGCUCCCCGAAGUCCGGAGCCCCGGCUUGCUCCAAGCGGGCCGGAAACGUGCUUGGCCAGAUGCAUUCUCAACUGAUCGCAGCCAUGCGAUUGCGGACUCAUUUGAUGAAGACGAUAUGGUGGAUGACUUUUCACUGGCAGACCCGACGCUAUUCUCAUCGCGAGUUCCUCUCAAUGACCGACAUCAACCGGCCAUUACCAAUGGACCAGCUGCAGAACAGGGACCCCUUCAGACACAACCCCAUAGCUACCAGCAAACUAUAGCGAAGCGCCCACGCCUAGCGUCGUCAGGAGAAGAUGGCUCCCAAGCACCCCCUCCACAGCCGGCUGUUCCACAGAAAAGACCUCCUGGCAGGCCAAGAAAGUCAGUUAGCCAACCGACCGUACCUGAUGCUAUCAAGUCACCGAGUACCGUCCCUUCUAGCACACAAGAUGAGACCGAGUCCAAUGGUCAACCAAACGGGGUGCGGCGUCGCGCGUCUCGUCGCAGCUUGCGUCCAUCCCUUGGCCCAAACGCAAAUGACAACGAUGGGGAUGAAGACCAACAGAAUUCCCAGGACGUCAUCAAGAUUGCUCCUGAUAUUCAUACAGCGCCCAAUAAAAAAGUCAAGCGCAACACUGGUUCUCCCAACGGAAACCGAACUGGCGGCCCAGAUGACGGCGGAGAUGAGGCUGCUAUGAACGAGAAGCGGAAGGCUAAGGUUGCGGCGCGGGACGUCAUGGCCAAGUUGGCUUUGCAACAUGAGGAGGCUUUGGAGGCCGGAAAUACACGAUAA